AUGAUUUCGCGCAAUCUUCUUACUGGGACUGUCAUCCUGCUGGCUGCCUGUCUGGCUGACGCUAGCCCAUGUCGUCUAUCAAUUGUUUCCUCGUCAACCGUUGUUGCAUCCGCCAGCGAGACAGCGACCAAAAGUGAGGCCGCGACAUCCACUGCUUCUGUCGAUGUCCCGCAGACUACUACCGGCCCGGCCACCUCUGAGUCUACGACCGAGACUGAGACAACUGUAAAUGUUGAAACUACCUUCAGUACUUCUUCGGUCGAAACAACAACUACAGCCCUUGCCGAUAUCACUACGACUACAAACCUUAUCACAACUGCUGAGACCACAGCUGAGGCCACAACCACCACUGCCGCAGCUACUACCACUGGCGAGGAGCCUGAAGCACUUCAAUCAAUCUACUUGUACGCCAGCGGCAGCGAUGACCCCUCCCUGGCAUCCACCGACGGCACAGGCUUCUCCGUAAUCUCCGACACGUCCAGCUCUGAGAUAAAAUACAUUGCCUUUACCGACGACGUCAGCUCCCCACUGUUCUUCACCUUGAGCGAAAGCACCGGCAAGGUCAAGAUCGGCAAUGGCCCUCGCGCUGGAAAUCUCCUUGGGUACUCUUCAUCAGGCGACUACAGCUUCGCGCUUGCUGCCGAGACCACACUUAUCGAGGACGGUGGCCUAUCUGCUAUUGAUUGUGAUAUCGUUGCUGGAAAUGGCUUCCAGAGACUUCAGUGCCAGUUCGGAAAUAGGGGAAAUGCGGACUUUUGGACGUGUGGUUCGAACUUUGUGCUGGUGAGCCCGGGUGUUGACUUUUCCAACAAGUGUCCCCGUGCUGCAAUGUCUUACAAGCUGGACUACAUUGAGGUAAGGUACAUUUAA